AUGAAGUACUUCGAGCUUCUGGAUCCGCAGGCCGCGAUUCCGCUGGGUCUUCGUUUGAUGGAGACUUAUGGGCUACGUGGUGGGGAAAAGAAUUUUCUAUUUUUUCAAUUUACGAUUUUGUGGGAAACGGUUGUGAUAGUGAUUCCCAAAAUGUUCCUCGGCUAUCGCAGUCAGGAUCUGGUGAUACGCGGCCUGUCGGAGUUGCUAUUCCAGCUGCAUAUUAUGAUUCGGAUUUGCAUAUUCGCUUGGCAUCGUUUCAAGUUCGAAAGUCUGGUGGAGAUUGUUCAGAGGGUGUACAGGAAAAUGUUUUCUCCCGGUGGAAAUUCAACGUUGAAGAGCAUUAUCUUGGAAUACAACAAAUUAAUCCAUAAGGAAUCGAGAGGAUACUUCCUGUACAUUAUGGGAUGUCUGAUUUUGUUCAGCAUGUCCCCAGUUGUUCAAAGUGUGGUUAUUUUCAUUGCAAAUCAGAGCAGAAAUGGAACUGAAAAAGGAGAAUACCGCACGAUGAUGGAACAAGAAUUUUACGGACUGGAUGUUCGAGGUAACUUCAAAUAUUAUGGGCUAUAUGCUGUUCUGGGUGGAUUAGCACACUACUCGUCGGCUGCUCUUCUGGCAUUGUUCGUGGUUAUUAUAAUUUGUGGUGUUCGAAGCACCAUUCUAUUGUUUCGGUUGAUACAAGUAAGGCUUAGUAAGCUACACGAGCUCCCGAAAAACGAAAUUCGAGAAGAGCUUCGAGAUAUUAUCGAUUUACAUGUGGACGCGUUGAAGUGCAUUCAACUUCUGGAACAAAUUACUAAUUUGGCUAUGGCCGUUCAAAUGGCUGAUUGCGUACUCAUAUGGAUUUCCAUGGUUCUGUAUUUGAGAAAAAAUUUUGGCGUUGAUGUCGUGAGUCCAUUGAUACUUUUCGUGGCGUUGACCGCAGAAACCUUCUUCCUAUGUAACUUGAUGACUGAGCUCACCAGUGAGAGUUUUGCCGUGAUACGAGCCAUCAUCGAUUGUGAGUGGUAUACAUUGCCACUGGAUGUGCAGAGGUCGUUGUCGUUCGUUUUGUUCAGGGCACAACGUAACGAAGGAAUCACUGCCGCCAAAUUUUUCUUCAUGGACAUUGAACGUUUCAGUAAAGUGACACAGUCUUCUUAUUCGAUCUACGUGGUGCUGAAAGACCAUUUAUAG